AUGGCUAGGCCUGAGACUGAACCAGUUCAAGACUUGAUUGACAUCGAGAGAAGGCCAACCUUUGGAUCUGCUAAUACUGUCACACCAAACACCAACGCUCAAGAUGCAGCAGGUCCACCUAAUCAAGGAAAUCGACCAUCCAAGUAUUUUGGCAAAGAGGGCAAACUUCGUCCCUUUCGAUUACUAAAGGAAGAUGUUAUCAAUCUCAAAGAUCGAUACCUGUCAGAUUGGCAAGUCUUUAACCAGCAGGUGGUUGCGAGUGCUGUCUACAUCUUCUUUACCAAUCUUCUGCCCGGCAUCACCUUUGCAAGUGACUUGUACACCUUGACUGGAAAGUCGUGGGGCACUAUCGAGGUCGUCUUCAGCACUGGCCUCUGCGGUCUCAUAUUUUCUCUUUUCUCGGGUCAACCUCUGACAAUUCUUGGCGUGACUGGUCCUUUCUCAGUCUUGGCCGAGAACGUUUACGAACUAUGUGACAAGCACUUCCAUGUCGAAUUUCUGCCUGUCAUGGCAUGGACUCUCAUCCACGCCGGGUGGAUGCACUAUCUCCUGGCCAUCUUCAAUGCCCAUGACUGGACGAUGCAAUAUGUCACCCAUUUCAGCGCCGACAUCUUUUCUUUGCUCAACAGUGUCAUCUACUUCCACAAGGCUGCCAUGGAACUGAAGCGCACCCAUGCCCGAGUCUCACUCGCUGCCUUCCUCUAUGCUGUCCUAGGCGCCAUAGGGACUUGUCUUCUGGCCAUUUUGUUGUCAACCGCAAACUCGUGGAAACCCAUGCUCCAUCGCUACGUUCGUCUUGGUCUUACAGAGUAUGCGGCUGCCAUUUCCAUCAUCUUCUGGAUUGGAAUCCCAUACAUUGGAGAACUAGCCUCCCUGGAUCAUAUUCGUCUUGAGGUGCAGACUAGCUUCCGGCCUACAAACCCUGACAGGGCGACAUUCUUUGUUCGUUUCUGGGAGGCGCCCAUUGAGUGGGUGUUCCUGUCCAUGAUUCCAGGUGCCAUCGUUACAGUAUUGUUCUACUUCGAUCAUGAAAUCAGUAGCAUCAUCUGCACUGUAGAGCGAUAUGGGACUAAGAAGCCAGGCGGCUAUGCUUGGGAUGUGGCUCUAUUGGGAACAACUACAAUAAUCUGCGGUAUUCUCGGCAUCCCUCCGGCCAACGGUCUCCUCCCUCAAGCACCUCUCCACUCCGAAUCACUGAUGCACUAUGUCCUAGAGAGUCCUCCAGCUGAAGAGGGUGAGCAACCAGAGUCACCCCGCCACGUUGCAAGGACCUAUGAGCAGAGAUACUCGCACUUCAUUCAAGCUGCUCUGAUUCUCAUUUUUGUAUCACCUCCCCUGCAGAAGCUAUUAGGUCUCACACAGACUUCUGUGCUAGCAGGGCUCUUUAUUUUCAUGGGCUAUCAGUCAUUGUCUGUCAACCCUAUCUUGGAACGGGUUGUUAAUCUUCUCACUGCACCGUCCGAUCUUCCUGAACUUCCCGCUGGUGUUACCUGGCUCGGAAUCCACAUGUACACCAUCACUCAAAUUAUCAUGACUGGUGUCGUCUUUGGUGUGACUCUGACGGUUGCAGCUCCUGCAUUUCCACUCAUCAUUAUUGCUUUGGUCCCUAUCCGAUUGUCAGUCAUGAACCGGAUUUGGAGUCGUGAGACAUUACGAAGAGUAGAUGGAUGGGCAUGUCGAGAAGGGAAACCAGAGGAUGAUCUGAUCCCAGUAGAGAUACUUGCAGAUGAAGAGAAGGCCAACGCCUAA